AUGAAAACAUGCAAGAUUUCAUUUUCUCUUAUUUGCAUCUUAUUCGGCUUAUUAUGCAUUAUGAAUGAUUAUGUCUAUGCUCAUGAUGAUUCACCAAAAGACUAUCUUGAUGCACACAACAUAGCAAGAUCAGAGUUGGGUGAACCGAAUUUGGUUUGGGACGAAACCCUUGAAAAAUAUGCACAAAAUUAUGCCAAUCAACGUAAACAAGAUUGCCAGCUAAUCCAUUCACAUGGUCCCUAUGGAGAGAACCUUGCAUGGAGCAGCAGCAAUGAUCUUUCUGGCGUUGAUGCUGUGAAAAUGUGGGUAGAUGAGAAACCAUACUUUAAUUACUUGUUAAACAUAUGUGCUGAUAAUCAAAUGUGUGGCCACUACACUCAAGUGAUUUGGGGCAACACAUUGCGUGUUGGUUGUGCCAAAGUCAUUUGUGACAAUAAUGGAGGCAGUUUCAUUACUUGCAACUAUGAUCCUCCUGGCAAUUACAUUGGAGAGAGACCUUAUUGA